AUGUUGGGGGAUAGAGAGCAGAAAAAUCCUGGAAUCAUCCCUAGGACUUUCACUAGGAUCUUUGAAAUCAUCCAAGAGAACGAGACAAAAUUUGAGUUCAAGGUGUCGGCUUCUAUGUUGGAGUUGUAUAACGAUCGGCUACAGGACCUCUUUGUGAGCCCAGCUGAGGCACUGUCAAAACGCAUUGAGAUUAAAAAGGACAAAAAGGGGCUUGUAUUUGCCCAAGGAGCAGAGGCAAAGGAAGCGACUAGUGCUGGCGAGCUCUUUGCUCUCUUUGAACUGGGCUCUGCCAACCGACAUAUUGCAGCUACCAAGAUGAAUAUAGAAAGCUCUCGCUCUCACCUGAUUAUAAGCAUCAUGUUGGAAAGUCGCAACCUGGCCAAUGGCAGCAUGACAUUUGGCAAACUGAACCUUGUUGACCUGGCAGGAAGCGAGAGAGCGGCGAAGACGGGAGCUAAAGAUGACCAGCUGAAGGAGGCUAAUUCCAUUAAUAAGUCUCUGAGUGCUCUUGGUGACGUGAUCUCGGCUCUGGCUAUGGAGCAAGCUCAUGUUCCCUACCGCAACAACAAGCUGACACAACUCAUGCAGGACUCACUGGGGGGCAAUGCCAAAACCCUCAUGUUCCUCAAUAUCUCUCCUUCUGACUGCAACCUUGACGAGACCCUUACCUCACUCAUAUAUGCCUCCCGGGUGAAGGCCAUCACCAACCAUGCACAGAGAAAUAUGGAGAGCAAAGAGAUCGCUCAACUCAAAGAGGUGAUUUUGAGACUAAAAUCAGGUCAAGCUGUGGAAGAGGAAGAUGUGUGAGUGAAGCUCACUCAAAUCCGGCACUGUUUCGAUCAAGUUUUUGGAGAUUUAUUGUUUGUUUAUUAUUAGACUGUGCUUGCACUGCUGAAUUAAGGCCCCAAAUAAAAUAAAUUAUGGGUGUUUUGCCUACAGUACACUAAAUUGCCCCUAAGUGUCAACAAGUGUGUGAAUGUUUGUUUGUGUGCAUGGUGCCCUGUGAUGGAGUGGAGUGGUCCUACCAGAAUAAAACACUUAAUGAAGAUAAAUUAAUGAACAAAUGAAAAAUUGCUUUUUGCACAUUCUCAGUCACUGUGGUGACUUCUGGUUUUAAAAAUCCCCAAAACAAAAUGAAGUUAAGAAAAGAUUUCAGGACACAAGUUGAAAUUAGCAUAUAAUAAAAUAAAGUAAAUGAGUUUUGUUUUUCCUUCAAGUGGCAGAAACAGGAUUAUGUAAAUGU